AUGUCAUAUACUAAAGCUGAUAAGCUUAAGACAAAAGUCGAAGUCAAAAAAUUGACAUGGCAGGAAAAAAAGAAAGUUGCAGACGAAGAAGAAGCAGCCAUUACAGAACUCAUCAAAGAGCAUACAAGAUGGACCACUAUGAUUGAACAUAUGGACAACCAACAGAUGAAAUUGUAUCUGAAAGAAAGAUCAGAGAGUUUGAAGACUCUCAAGAUUGAAAAGCUUGAACCCAUCAAAAGGGUGAAAAAGGUUCAGAAAUGCAUGAAUGCUAAGAGCAGCGGAAUCAUGUCAACAGUAUGGAAAUUCCAUAAAAAAGAGAACAAGUGA